AUGCUAGAUACUUCCUUCAAGAUUAAAGAUCUUGGCAACCUGAAUUAUUUUCUGGGAAUUGAAGCAUUCAAAAAUCCUAAUGGCAUUAGUCUCCAUCAAAGGAAAUAUACUUUGGAAAUCUUGAAAGAAAAUGGUUUCUUUGAUGCUAAACCUGCUAAAACUCCCUGCACUCCAAGCUUAAGGCUCAAUAAUACUGAAGGCACACUUCUGGACAAUCCUAAAAUCUUCAGAAGGUUAGUUGGGAAGCUAGUCUAUUUAACGAACACAAGGGCUGACAUCUCUUAUAGUGUUCAGCAACUCAGCCAGUUUGUUGACAAGCCAAGAGACUCACAUCUAACAGCAGCACACAGUAUAUUGAGGUAUCUUAAAGGUUCUACUGGAAAAGGACUCUUCUAUUCCUCAAAAUCCAGCCUUAAAUUUCAAGGUUUUUCUGAUUCAGACUGGGCUACCUGCACAGAAACUAGGAAGUCUAUAACAAGCUAA